AUGAGGCGGACGUCUGAGAUGACACCGUUGGUGCCCGAGAGCACCCGUUUGCGUCGCAGGUUCGCGCUCCGUCCGACCAUCACUCACUUCUUGCUGCUCACGAUCGUUGGCUUCUCCCUCUUGUUCGUGCUCGUCGUGCACGAGACGUGGCCGAUAUCAACUGUGACGAACCUCAAAGGCACGAUCAAGUUUGACGAGGUUUUCUGCGGACCCGCGAGCCAUGAGACGGGGUACCUCAAGCUCCCGAAUACAGAUAACGACCACUAUUUCUAUUGGUUCGUGGAAUCUCAGACCGCGCCGCAGAAAGACCCUCUGGUCCUCUGGCUUACUGGAGGGCCAGGCUGUUCCAGUCUAAUGGCCCUAUUGGCUGAAAAUGGGCCCUGUCGAGUCCAAUCAGAUCUGUCUACGGUAAUCAAUCCCUCUGCUUGGAACAAUCAAGCCAAUGUGAUUUGGCUGGACCAACCAACAGGCGUUGGGUUCUCAUAUGGUUCUGAACAGGACAAGGACUCGACCGAGGUCGAUGUGGCUGAAAACAUCUACUGGUUCCUGCAGGCGUUUCUCAAGAAACACCCCGACUUGAAUGACCGCGAGUUCUUUUUGACGGGGGAGAGCUACGGUGGUCACUAUGUGCCUGCAACUGCUAGUCACAUUUUGAAGGCCAAUAUGCUUCAGCACUUGCAUCCGAACGCUAGUCAUAUCAACUUAGCAGGGAUUACAAUUGGCAACGGACUGACGGACCCAGCAGUGCAAUACCAGCACAGUGUCGACAUGGCAUUCAACUCAUACAACGUCACGCUGCUGCAAGCAGAAGCGAUCGAAGGUAUGCGCAAAGCGCAGCCAGUGUGCCACGAGCUCAUUUUAAAGUGUCAGAGAGACCAUCAAGUAUGCGCUGAUGCCAUGGAGUUUUGUUUUGCGACCUUGGAAAGCCCGUACUAUCGGUCUGGACGGAACCCAUACGAUAUUCGCAAGCCAUGCGUGGCAGAAAAUGUGAUGACGUGUUUUCAUUUUGAGCACAUUGAAGAGUACUUGAACACCCCUCGUGUAUUGGCAGAUCUAGGUGUCAAUGUUCACAAGUCGAAACCAUGGCAGGAGUGCGAUGCUACGGUCAAUGCACGCUUUUCGUUCGAUGAAAUGCAGUCUUCUGCUGGUGACGUCAAAUUCCUGCUGGAUGCGGGCGUGAGAGUGUUGAUUUACGCUGGUGACGCUGAUCUCAUGUGCAACUGGGUGGGCAAUCAAGCGUGGGUGAUGGCGCUCGAUUGGAGCGGUAAAGCGGCCUUUAAUGCUGCGGCAAAUCGCCAGUUCCAAACGCCUGAGAUCCCGGACGCAGGACGCGUUCGAACGUUUGAGAACUUAGCGUUUGUUCGCGUCUUUAACUCGGGUCACAUGGUUCCGAUGGAUCAACCGGUCGUUUCGUUCCAGAUGGUCAACAAAUUCCUCCACAAUGAAGAAUUGUGA